UUUGAUUGAUAUAUAAGGCUGUGGUCAGUACAAAGGAAACACAUCUCAUCUCAAGUGGUUUUUCUGAAGUUGCGGUGGCAGUGGCAUUUGAAAUAUGGCAGAGGUCAUUGAUUGCAAUUUUCCUGUUUGGGGCCUUCUGCCGAAAAAAGAAACUGGUGUCACUCAAUUCCUUACCAAAUACCCCGAAUACGAUGGUCGAGGAGUCGUCAUCGCAAUUUUCGAUUCAGGAAUUGAUCCUGGGGCUCCUGGCAUGCAGGAAACUUCGGAUGGAAGGCCAAAAAUUAUUGAGAGGUACGACUGCAGUGGAGCUGGAGACGUCGACGUUAGCAAAGUUGUACAGGCACCCGAUGGAUAUAUUAUUGGUAUAACUGGUCGUAAAUUAAAGAUCCCAUCAAAAUGGGUAAAUCCUUCUGGAGAAUAUCACAUUGGAAUAAAAAAUUUGUAUUCUCUGUAUCCGGGAAAAUUAAGAGAAAGAGUGCUGUUAGAAAGAAAGAAACGUUUAUGGGACAAUACACAAAAGUGUGCUCUUGCAGAAGCAACCAGACAAUUACAAGAAUUCGAAACAAAAAAUCCGCAAAUAACUACGUUGAAAGAGAGAUUGGAGAAAGAGGAACUCGAGGCGAGAGUCGAAGUAUUAAAUAACAUCGAAAAGAAAUAUUGCGAUGUAGGACCUACUUACGACUGUGUCGUCUUUCACGAUGGUGAGGUUUGGAGAGCAUGUAUCGAUACUUCCGAGGAAGGUAAUCUGGAAGCUAGUGUUCUCUUAGGUGAAUACAGCACAACCUUGGAGUACGCGCCUCUUAUUCCAGAAGAUCAAUUAAACGUUAGUAUUAACGUUCACGAUGAUGGGAACACGCUCGAAAUUGUUAGCUUAUGUUCCAGUCACGGUACACACGUAGCUUCAAUUGCCGCUGCGUAUUUUCCUGAUAAUCCUGAAUUAAACGGCGUAGCCCCUGGUGCUCAAAUUAUUUCAUUAAGCGUCGGAGAUAGCCGCAUAGGCACGAUGGAAACCGGAACUGCGGUGGUACGAGCGAUGAUACACGUAAUGAAGCACAAAGAAAAGAUACACGUGAUAAAUAUGAGUUACGGAGAGCAUGCUCACUGGUCAAAUUCGGGGAGGAUAGGAGAGUUAAUGAACGAAGUCAUCGAUAAAUACGGUGUAACUUGGGUGGCGUCCGCUGGUAAUCUCGGACCAGCUUUGUGUACUAUUGGAACACCGCCGGAUAUCAGUACCAAUAGCGUGAUCAGCGUUGGCGCUUACGUUUCCCCUGACAUGAUGGUAGCUGAAUAUUCUCUAAGGGAAAAGAUGCCGGGCAUGACGUAUACAUGGUCGUCCCGCGGACCGAUGAUCGAUGGCGGAGCUGGAAUUACCGUGUGCGCUCCGGGAGGAGCGAUAACCAGCGUACCUAAUUUUACUUUGAGAAAAAGUCAGCUGAUGAACGGUACAAGCAUGGCUGCUCCACAUGUAACUGGCGCUAUCGCGGUACUUAUAUCGGGGCUUAUCGCGAAAGGUUGCCCGUAUUCUCCGUACCAUAUAAAACGAGCCCUUGAGAAUACAGCGUUGUACAUACAACAUCUGGAUACUUUCGCACAAGGUUCAGGAUUAUUGCAGGUUGAACGUGCAUUCGAUCAUCUCGUUACUUAUACCAAUGUGCCCGAAAGAGAUGUAAGAUUUACUAUUAGCUGCGGCCCGAAUAACGGCAAAGGGAUUCACAUGAGAAGCGGCAUUAUUGAUCGAUCGAAAGAUUAUGCCGUUACGGUUGAACCAGUGUUCCUUAAUAGCGAAAAUACCGACCCGGCACUCAAAAUUGCUUUCAAUUUAAAGUUAACGUUGGUGUGCGAUGCAUCCUGGAUACAUUUUCCUUCGCAUCUCGAUUUAAUGAAUAUGGUCCGUGCGUUUUCGAUUAAAGUCGAUGCCUUUAAUCUACCCGAAGGUGUUCACACAACCAGCGUCCGAGCUUAUGAUGUAACGGACAUUGCCAAGGGCCCGGUGUUCCAAAUACCAGUUACUGUAGUGCAACCGCAAACACUGCCAAAAACCGCGAUCCUUCCGGAUUUAGCAUAUACAAAUAUUCUGUUUAAACCAAAUACGUUGCGUCGACAUUUUAUCCUUGUUCCAGAUGAUGCGACAUGGGCGGUCAUUAGAUUGAAGAGCACGGAGAAAGAUAAAGUUGGGAGGUUCGUCAUUCAUAGUGUUCAACUGAAACCUCGCCUGUCUUGCAAAACUUUCGAAGUUAACAAAUUGUUCACCGUUACCUCUCAAUCAGAAAUUGUUCAUCCAUUUGCUGUCCAGGGAGGAUUAAUCUUAGAAGUGGUUGUCGCGAAAUAUUGGGCGAACAUAGGAGAUAUGUUGAUCGAUUACAUUAUAGAAUUUCAUGGCGUUCGCAUGUUAAGCGGAAAUCUUACGAUGCAAUCCGGAGAUGGAAUAAAUCGUAUAGAAGUCCGGAGUUCACUCCGAAACGAAGAGGUUGUUCCCUGUAUCUGUCUAAAGUCAUCCGUACAGAUAUUGAAGCCGACCGAAGCGAAAAUCGCUCCUUUACGAGAACGAGACAUUAUACCACCAUGCCGACAAAUUUACGAGUUGCAGUUAACUUAUACGUUUCACUGUGCAAAAGCGACCGAAGUAACUCCGAAUGCGACGCUCCUUAGCGAUUUAUUGUACGAGAGCGAAUUCGAGAGUCAGAUGUGGAUGAUUUACGACAGUAAUAAACAACUUAUUUGUUGCGGAGAUGCAUAUCCAUCAAAGUACGCUAAUCAAAAGUUAGAGAAAGGUGAUUAUACUUUGAAAAUCCAUGUGCGUCACGACAAAAAAGAUUUGCUUGACAAAUUAACGGAGAUGCCAUUCCUUUUAAAUUACAAAUUAAGUAAUCCGAUCAGUUUAGACAUUUAUGCUAGUCAAUCGCAAGCAAUGAUCAGCGGCAAAAAAAUGAUAGCAGCUUCGGUACCGCCCGGUCACAUUCUUCCUUUAUACGUUGCUCCAAUAUCCAAUGAGAAUAACAGCGCUGAAAACAAAGUUUCCAGAGGUGCAACCUUAGGAAACGGCAGUUACUUACAGGGCACAUUGACUUUCUGCAAAGAUGAGAAUGGGAAGAAAGUAGACUGUCAUACGAUCAAGUAUAUCUUAUCUGAGCCAACCAAGAAAUCUAGUAGCAGCAGUAGCAACAAUACAUACAAUUCAUCGAAUAAAGAAAAGAUUACCAAAUGGGAUGAAUAUAACGAAGCGCUUCGAGAUUUCAAGUGUAGCUGGCUCACGAAACUGGCGCCUUCCACGAAACCUGGAGAAUACGCAAAUCUGUUGUACGGAGAAUUAAAAAACCUGUUCUCGGACCAUUUACCCGUUCACACUGCCAUGUUAAUUUCUUUGGACUCGCCCGAAGCUCGACGUCACGUGCCGCACGACGAUAUCACAGACGAAUCUGUUUCCCUAGCGAAUCAAAUUGUAACUGUCGCCGAUGCGGUGAUUACUAACAUAGAUCAAGAUAAACUGUUAGCCUAUUAUGGAUUGAAGAACGACCAGCGAGAGGAUGCGGCCAAGAUUAGGGCAACUAUGGAAAAACAAAAGUUCAGCCUCAUAAAGGCAUUGGUAAAGAAAGGAUGCGCGCUGGCAAGAUUGUAUGCGCACAAUGCGAAAAGAGGAGACCAGGAUCCCAAGUCGUACGAACACUUAUUGGAAAGCGUGGCGCAUCAUUGGCAGGAAGUACAAAAGUUUGCCGAACCGACCGACAUCAAGGUGAUUAAUCUCUCGCUAUGGCAUGCUCACAUCAACAAGCAUUACGGCCGCUACAUGAAAUUGUUAUUACGCUAUUACGAAGAGCAUCCGUUGAAGGAAGUUGAUGAGAAAUGUAUAGAAAUAGCUAAAGUCCUAGGAUGGGAUCAUUUGUCGCGCCAUAUCGCCUCGAGUAUAUCAGCGCGUUACGCUCCUUCCUACAGAUCGUUUUGAUCGAUGGUACGUUAAAAUUAAUUUGAUAUUCUAAUACGGGAAGCAAACGGUGGCAGCAAUUUUCAGUGCAACUCUACGAGGACAGAUCGACGUUUCUCGUCGACGACCAAUUCAGGUGUAUUAUACACUUAGCAGAAUAUAAUUUUAUCCACAUUUAAACGAAACAAAUGACUCUAGAUAUAAAUAUUUUAAUUUUCUGGCCAUUGGAAAGAAGAAUAAAAAAAUAACGAAAUAAAUAUAAUCUUGAUGGUUACACGUAUGAUUUGUUUCAUAAUCACGAAGACCGCACCAGCAGUGACAGAUCAGAUACUUACUCUGGAUAAAAUUAAAAAGUAUGACAAUACGUGUAUGUGUACGUGCACAGGGAAAAUGAUUUUAUCAUUAAAAGAGUCGAUGUUUAAUAAAUAAUGCAUUUUUGUGGCGAUUCUCGUCUUGUCCAAAGAAAAGAAAUGCGUCGAGAUAUCAUGGGAACUGUUAUCGAUUUCGGUAUGAAAAUUCACUCACGGCAAUGUGCUAGUUAGGAGCAUUCGUUUCAACUAACAUAAACUACCUUAUAUGUAUCAUUUAGGUUCUCCAUUUUUACGAUAUAUUAAAUGUAAAUAAAUAAUAUAUAGUAAAACACGCAAUACAAAUUACACAUACACAUACGUAUGUGUACAUACAGGUAUUUUCUUUAUAUCCACAAACGUUUACCGAGUUCUAUUAUUUAUAAAUGUAUGCGCUUAUGUGACUGAUUAUUAUGAAAUUUAUAUGCAAUAUAUUCAAUCCUUGUUGUCAUUGCGUUAGAUAUAAAAAAUAUAUUUUUAUUCCACUUUACAUACUCAGCAAUUAACAAUUGUUAACAAUAUCUGUAUAUGUUGUGUAACGUACAAUACAUGUACUGGAUAUCAAGGAUAGAAGCCAUCGAAAAUAUCCUCUGCCACAUACACGUACUCUCGUACGAGCCACGUAUCCGCAUUGUAAUUCAAACUCGAUGGCUCGGGUUACUUUGGCUGAUGAUGAGAGAAGGCUAAUACGAGACUUUGAAGCGUUAAAAUCCAAACAAAAAUAAUUUUUCAAUGAAAUCAUUAACUCUUUCA